GAAACAGGAAGUCCCGGCGCGGCGCCGCGAAAGCCCCGCCUUCGUUUCCGGCCGGGGUGCCGGCGAGGCGAGGCCAGAAGGGCCCCGGAAGCGCCGAGAUGCUGCGGGUCGCGGCCGCGCGGCGGGAGGCAGGCGAUCGAGGCGUCGUGCUCCGGGGAUCCGGCGUCGCCUGCCGCGGGGGGGCCCGCGCGCUGAGUGCGCCUGCGCCCGAGGCCUUGUCGGCGUGGGCGCCCGUGGCGUGGGCCGAGGCGGGGCUGGCGGGGCUGCAGGCCGCCUCGGGGCUGCCCUGGUGGGCCACCGUGGUGGCCGCCGCCGCCCUGCUUCGCACGGGCCUCACCCUGCCGCUGUCCGCCCAGCAGGGCCGCGUCCUGGCCAAGCUGGAGAACCUGCAGCCCGAGAUCCACGGCCUGGCGCGGCGGCUCCGCCUGGAGGUCUCGGCCGCCGCCCAGCAGCGCGGGUGGUCCCCGCGGACGGCCGGGUGCUGCUUCCGGAGGCGCCUGCGGGGCCUGGUGGCGGCGCUGUACGUGCGCGAGAACUGCCACCCGGCCAAGGCCAGCCUGCUGCUCUGGGUGCAGCUGCCCGCCUGGGCCCUCGUCUCCCUCGCCCUCCGCGACCUCGCCGGCACCGCCCACCCCCAGCACGGGUUUUUGAUUCGGGAACAGCUUUCUGUGGGAGGUGCCCUCUGGUUUAUGGAUCUCACUGCACCUGAUCACACACUGAUUUUGCCCAUAAUGCUUGGACUUCUGAAUCUGCUGAUAGUGGAAAUUUUUGUCUUGCAAAAAACCAGACUGUCACGGUUUCAGAAGUACACCACUCACUUCUUUCGAGGGUUGUCUGUGCUUAUGGUCCCUGUUGCUGCAACCGUUCCAUCAGCCAUGUCCUUGUACUGGGUGUCCUCAAGCUUCGUGGGACUUUCACACAACCUUCUGCUCCGCUCUCCUGCUUUCCGUAGGCUUUGCCGGAUACCUCGGACCACGUCUGAUUCAGACACUCCUUAUAGAGACAUCAUUGCUGCCUUCAGUGCUAAAUAUUUCUUGAAGUGAGAUGUUUACCAUUAGAAACAGACUGUUUUUGGUCAAUGCGAUUGCUGAGGCUUGACACCAAGUAACAGUGUAUUGGCUCUUACUGUGUAUGGAACUCAUCGGUACUGUGGUGCUGUGUUCUGUUUGUUGAGAAGAACAAACCAGACUGUGAUGCACUGAAAGAGUCAGGCUGUCAAGUAUUAGGACUGUCGUGAUGAAAUGUGUGGGGACUUUGCUGGGCAUUUUGUCUGAUAGCGAAUUGGUGCACCCAUGACACUGCCAGUCCUGAGAUACCUGCGUGGCAUGCAUGUCAAGCUACCUGGGAAUUUCUUGAAAUAACGCAUAUUUUGUUUUUUUAAAUUUAUUUCCCAAGCGUUCAGGAAUAUAAGUAAGCUUGGAAGUAUUCUUGUGUCCUGAAAGUACAGAAACUAGAAUAAAAGUAACUCUAUGGUUAAGAAAUCCCAAUAAUUAAUUAUCUAGUCUAAGCAUAGUUGGGUUUGGACAGCUUCUGAAAUGUAAGAACUUCUGUGUGUUUUUAUUUCUAUCAGAAUUAAAAAUGCUUUUCCCAGUAAA